AUUUGACAAAAUAAUAAAAACAAUUUACGAAUUCUAGUGAAAAGUUUUAUACAUUGCCGUCUGCGAAAGGGUUUGCAAAAAGUGCUCUUCACCCGAAACAAUGUAAAAGUAGUAAAUAAAAUAAUAUAGUGUAAAUUCUAUUGUCUGCUUUGGUGUCAAAUAUGUCGAAAGUUGCAAUCAAAACAGAGAAGCUGGAUGAAGAGCAGCAGGAGGAGAUUGGCAUUGAAAGUAAUGUAGCAGUUGAGGAUGGUGUUGGUGAUCACAGCCAUGGAAAAGUUGCGUCGUCGACGGAUGUGAGUAAUUUAAUAGAGGCAGGUAAAAAACACUUAGAAGUGGGACGGGACACAAACAUAUCGAUGCGCCAGCUACAACAAAACCAAGCGCAACCUAAUGUUUCAACUAAAAACAGUGCAACUGACAAUGGCAGCGGUCUAAACCCCAGCAGUGAGAUAAUUUGCAACAGAAAAGUUGCACUACCCAAAUCGAGGUGCGGUGAAGUCUUUGUAUCCAAUAAUGCACGGCAGUGGACAUUUAUCUGCACCUAUUGUAACAAAAGUACACGUGACAUUGGCGAAUUUAUAUGCCACAUAAAAAUUAAACAUUUGAGUGGUUUUGUCGACGACGGCGAUGAAACAGAUGAUGGUGAAUACGAAGGAAAUCAGCAGUCUAAUUUCUAUGAACAGGAUCAAGAUUAUUUUGAUUGCGGAAACUACUUGGACGUAAAUGUGCACACUGAGUCCGAGGACUACAGUUUAAAUGGACAAGAUCACUCGACAGCCUACCGGCAUUCAGGUAUUCACAAUCCACCCCAACGUCAAGCAGUAUCUGCUGGGUCAGGCCCUAAGCAAGGUGAGCUCAAUAAACAAGCAGAUUCAAAUAAAAAGAAUAAAUACAAUGAUGCCGAACACGAUACAAAUGAAGAUGAAACUGCAUUUAGAAAAAAUAAAGAAUCGGCAACACAAUGGCGUGCCGAUCCAGCCAGUUUCCAAUCAUAUGCAAAUAAAUACUCUUUGAAAUCUUCAACGCCCGAUGUUAAAUUGAAAAACAGUGCAAAUGGUAAUUCUAGUGCCUACGAUACUACAGCUGAUUUUACUGCGGGCAAAGACGACUUUGACACAACCGGCGCCUUUGAGAAUGAUGACGAAGAAGAUUACGAUAAUCAACUAUUUAUUGCACCAACCGACUCAUUGGAUGCCAGCAUACUGGGGGGCGGCACCGAUGUUAGUGGUGGUGGUGAAAUGAAGGCUAAGCGUCGGCAAAUACGCGGCACUGCCUAUUGUGCAUUGUGCAAUAAGACCUUCCAAUAUUACUCAUUAUAUCGAAAUCAUAUGAUAAAACAUUCGAAUGAGACACCGUUUAAGUGUCCCAUUUGCAAGAAAGGUUUUAAAUCAAAACAAGCCAUACGCUAUCAUAUGAAUACACAUCAAAAGGAGAAGCAAUUCAAAUGUACCGUUUGUAGCGCUUCGUAUGGUACCGAGAAUCAUUUCAUUGCACAUAUUAUGACACACGAAAGCGCCACUGCGUUUCCAUGUAUGGUUUGCGGCCAAGUGUUAAGCAGUAGUAAGGAGCGUGAUCUUCAUAUGGCCAAUCAUAAAGAGGAACGACCCUUCCGUUGCGACUAUUGUAACAAGCUCUUCCGGUUGCGACAUCAUUUAUCGAAUCAUUUGAAGAUGCAUCGUAAAUACCGUUGUGAUUAUUGCAAAGAGAUAUUCACCAGCGCUAUAUACUUGCGAAAACCCUAUGCUUGUCCGGGCUGCGUUAAUUUGCCUGAAGCGCAGCAGGAUGCGGCAAAUACCGCAAGCGCGAAAGUAGGACGUGCAGCUACAAGUAACAACGUAAACCCAUUGGAAAUAUUCGAAACAGUAAUACCUGGACAACAGCAAGGUAAUGAAUUUGCACAGAUGGUAACAGAUUCCGAAGGUGAGGGUGAAGAUGAAGAUGGCGAAAUGGAUGACGACGACGAUGAUGAUGAUAAUAUGCCACAAGGCACACCAAUGGAUGAGGAUGAUGAUGAUAAUGAGAAUGUCUCAAGUAGAGCUGCUGAGCAAGACGAGGACGAUGAUGAAGAUGAUGUCGAGGAAGAAAAUGGCUAUGAGAAUGGCGCUGGUAGUGGUGGCGGUGGACAGACACUCGGCACUUAUGGUGUUGGUGGUGGCGUUGGCGGUACUAGUGGCGUCAGCCUAAAGCGUUAUGUAUGCAAAAUUUGUUCUCGCAGCUAUUCGCACCCCAGUGGGCUAAACUAUCACAUGCGGCAUAAGCAUUGCUAGUAAAACCGUACGUGUUAAGGCAUUGAUAUCCAAUUCUUAUUUAAAUAUUUAAGUAAACUGUACGAUACGACAGUUAUAAAUAAGUACAGCGGUAUUUUAGACAUAAAUAUUCACAGACUUAUAAAAAAUUAGUUUUAAAAAGUAAAGUACGGCGCAAAAGCGUUAAAAAAGUUAGUUGUAUUGCUAAGAAAUUAAUCAAUAAUUUUAAGCACAUAAUUUUGUUCUCCUAAUUUAUCGAUCAUUAUCAGGUGACCACAGACUUUAAGGCAUGCUUUAACAAUGUCUGUACAAAUAUUACAAACUACCGUCUUUCCUAAACAAAUCUAGUCUAACUUCGAACCGUUUGUACUGCAAUUAUUUUGUAGUUAAUUUAAAUUAUAUAAAACCCUUUAAGUUGUUUAAUUGAAGUGGUUAAUAACGUUAACAGUAAAACAAUAGGAACUGAAAACCAUUAACAUAUUAUGGAAAUCAGCUAAAAAUUUUAGCACCAAAUUUAGGCUUCAUAAUACAUACAUACGUAUUUGGAAAAAAAUACUCAAAUAUUUAAGCUUACUAAAUACAUACAUGCUAUCAUAUAUACUACUUUGCGUAAACGCUUCUUUAUCCAAAGAAAAUAGAAAAAUAUGUAACUGAUUUAUUUUUAAUGUUUCAUGCAUGCUUAUUCGUACUACUCAUUUUUCGCACAGAUUUCUAAAAAUGCGCACACAUUGUAUUCCCCUACGUUUUAGUUAUAACAAACAGUAUUCUUCCAUAUAAGCCAUCACAUAACCAUUAUGAAAAUAGAAGUGUAACAGAACUGAUGAUUGUUGAAACUUUAAUGAGCACAUUUAUACUCGUAUGCAUAUAUAUACACACAUAUACAUAUAUGUACUAUGAAGCCUUGACAAGGCCUUGAAGUUAUUUACAAUUUCAUAAAAUAGCUUUGCCCGAAAUAUUGCAGAUUUAGGGAAUUUUUUACUAAAUAAAUAAAUCAGUGACUGCCCAAAUGUUAUUGUAAAACUCCAUUAUGUACUCAAUCAUUGUGUAUUGUAUUAUCACCAAAAGUGUGUAAAAAUUGUAAUUCAUUUAAUUUGUUAACAAUUUGAACUAUACUUUGAGUUAAAAAAUAAUAAUUUUAAGUAUAUCUCUUGUUCAUGCCUUAGUGAAUACUGCUGCGAGUAGUAAGCACUUCGGAGAUUGUUAUUAUUUUGAAAUUUAAAAUUCAUUAAAUCACGUGCAGUUUUGAAAUUAUUAGAUAUAAAUUUAUUGUAAGUUAAUAGUGAAUUUAAGCGAAAAAUAUUUAGAAUAUUAAUAAUUUUUUUAUAAUUCAGUUUUCAAGUACUAAUGAGUUUAGAAAAAUAUAAUACAAAAGACAAGAUGAAUUUGAAAAUAAUCAAAUAAAAUAUGUUACAACAUACAGACAUUUAAUGUAUUGUAAUUAAAUUUUUCAAAAUUUCAAUUUCAAAAGUUCUAUAAUUAACUAUUUAUCUCUGAAGAAAUUUCCGAUUAUUAGUCCAAUUAAAUUUAUAAAAGCGAUAUUGUUCAACCGAUAUUUAUUACACAUUUCAUUUACUAAGCCUUACCGCCUUAAAACAAAAGUAACAUCAGUGACUUGUGGUAAAGUCAUUAUCAGUCGAAAUUUAAAGUGUCAGCUUUUUCAACCAAAUUAACCCCCAUGAUGUUUUAAUUUACUUAAAGCUCUAAAUAUAAACUUGUUUUUGAUUUAACUUCGUUGUAACACAAAAUUGAGAUUCAUUGAAAACUCUUAGAAAUAAUAGAAUAGUAAUAGAAAUUAUUAAUACUUAUAUAAUCGUAUUUUUAAUAUGACAAAAAUCGCUUAAAAUGAGCGUGUGCUGCAAAAGCGAAUCAAACUGUAAAUACUACUCCAUUGAUAACCAUUAUUAAAUAAAAUAAAAAGUAAAUAAAUUAAAAUA